AUGGGAAGCUGCUGCUCUGUGUGUACCGGAUAUAAUGUCGAUGAGGUUCAUCAAGAGGGUCAUCAUCUUGCCGGUGGAAAUGUGCACCUUAUAAAGACCAUGGACAGUUGGGAGGAAAAGUUGUCAGAAGCAAUCAAGGAUGGAAAGAUCGUUGUUGCAAAUUUCAGUGCAUCUUGGUGUAGGCCUUGUCUUGUAAUUGCACCAGCCUACUGUGAGCUUGCAGAUAAAUAUCCUUCUAUCGUAUUUCUAACCGUGGAUGUUGACGUUCUCGCUGAGUUGAGCACUUCAUGGGAUAUAAAGGCCACUCCGACCUUCGUUUUUCUUAAAGAUGGAAGACAAGUGGACAAACUCAUCGGAGGAAACAAGCCGGAGCUCCAGAAGAAGACAGCAGCAGUCGUGGCUCAGUUAGCAACCAAGUCUCCUAGUUGACUCUAUGGUGAUGAAUUUUUUCGUUUAGCUUUUCUUCGGGAUAUUCUCACGAAAAUCAAUCCGGCCUCAACAUGUAAAACGAUGUCCUACAAAUUCGUUAUCUUGAUUCAUUACAUAGUUAUAUAUUCAUAUCAGAAAAUUUUUAGAUCUUCUCUGUCAGGGGUACAACAUAGAUCA